AAUGUUGAAGUUAGUGGUUUUAGCUGCUGUAUUUUCCAGGGCUUAUUCCACGGGGAUAAUGCUUCAUUUAACAGAUGAAAUGAAGUCCAUGCUGAGAAAUUCUAAAUGGAAUCACAAGAACACAACAAUCUCUAUACACGGCCCCAUGACCCUAGAUAUACACUCAAGUUAUAAACUGAAAGAAGGACAAGUGUUUCUUAGAUCAAGUUAUAAAUCAGUUGCGGGAAUGAAAAAGAAGCACAGGGGCUGUGCUAGCAUUCUCAAGCUCAGAUCUCAGAGUCAAGACGGUGUGUACAAGAUUUAUCCCGACACGAAGACAAAGAAGUCAGUGUACUGUGACAUGACGACGGACGGAGGUGGAUGGACG